CGGAUGACACGGAAUUCGAAAAGACGAAACGAAUGGAAAAUCUCAAUCGAAUUAUCGAUCGGUCGAUCGGAAACAAGCGCACGCAUUCUGUUCCGUCUUCGAAUUUUGAUUUCAAUGGCAAAAAAAUAAUGGAGGUGAUACGGCAAUACAGUAUGUUAUGAUACUCCUAGAAGUGCCAAAAACAAUUGCACAAGGAACAUAGGCGAAGGCGGCAUGCAACACAAACAGAACGCAACGCAACAAAACGCUAAAGAGGCAUGGUGAAAUUCGGCGGACACGUUGAAGCUAUCCGAGAGGGUGAUCUGGUGGACGCCCGGCUGUACAUUAUACCCUACAACGAAAUCAAAUCCCUUGUGUAUGAAGACAAGGGAAGCAACAUUUCCAAGUCACCAAAACACGCUGGAAGCAUGAAGACAAAUCCAGCAUCGGCGAUGAAUCUUGCCGUUGGCAAUCGUGGCGAAGGCGAGAAAAAGCAGGCGGAUAGCGGCGACGAAGUCACCGAAGACGAGGAGCAGUUUUUCAUGCGCGUGUGGAAAGUGGCGCUGAGCGACGCCGAAGAAGACUUUCGCGGUGCACGCGAAGAGAUAUGGCAGACGAUCUUUGCCGGAAUCACCGAGCGCGAGGCCGACGAACCCGAGAUGGAAAACGAUCCCCCGGUCCGGGGGGCCCACCCCGGGAACGCCAUCAAACUCUACGUCGAUCGACUCGGAGAAACCGAGGCGCAGGAACUCCUGGUGCGAAUGAAAGAAGUGUACCGCGCGGCGUCGAUCAAUUCGGAGGGCCUGCGAAAACUUGUCAAGAAGUCCGACAAGCACCGAAAAGACCGGAACGGCCUCAGCAGCAAGCUGCUUCCCCUGCUCUAUACCUCGUCGCUGUACACCGGGCAGAACAUGAUGCAGGACGCGAUCGGCCUGCUCAGAGACCUCAUUUGUGGAAGGGAUAGCGAUUCGAACACCAACGGCCGUGUUUACGCCAGUGACGAUUCGCUGAUCGGUGCCUACAACGACGGCCACUUCAGCAAGCUGGUGAAGCGCAACAGCGAAACCCGCCACCAGGAAGCAAUCGACAUCCGGAAGAUGGAAUUCGAUUGGCUCAAGAGCCUGGUUCGAUCAAUCCCACCCAACGACCUCCUUCCAAAGCUAGUGGCCCACCGCGGUUUCCACCACACCAAGGACCGCAACGACAAGCGCCCGGUCGAGAAUUCCCUGAGCGCCUACGAAAUGGCCUGGACCUGCGGGAUCGAGCUCUGCGAGUGCGACAUUGCCCUAACCAAGGACGAAAAACUCAUCCUCGCACACGACGAGAACUUUGAGCGGCUCUCACUCGACGCCCUGCACGCUAAUUCGAAGCGCAAGGUCGGAGACUUGACCUUCAAGGAACUCAUUUCUAUGCCCCUGUCCAACGGAGUCCGUCCCCCCCUCCUGAUCGAUGUCCUGCGAUCCGCCUCGGCCAUUUCGGAACGGUCGAAACUCGUCAUCGAGAUCAAGCCCGGGAACGAAUCUUCUGCCUUUGCCCUUGCCCGGUUGCUGACUCGCCACCCGGAUCUGCGGUCCAAUGUGGCAAUGAUCAUGAGCUUCGAUGCCGCCACAAUGCACCAGCUAAGAGCGGAACUCGACCGGGUGGUCUUGCCCGAUUCGAGGGGGGAGCUCGCGGCGGACAGAAUCCCCCUCGGUGGAGCACCACUGCAAAACUCAAAUACCCACCGGAGGGUGACCUCGUACGACCACUUUGGUACGCUGAGUUCAGGCUGGCUGGCCGGGAUGGGGAUGGGAGCGGGGAGCAGCCCCGUCCCUCUGUCGAGCCAAACCAGGCGCCGAGAUGGAUCGAUCGAUCUCUCUUCGAUCGGCCUCUCCAUAAGUCAGACCAAUCUAGCGGCAUCGCCAUCUUCCCAAUCCGUGACCAGAUUGGGGAAGGGAUUCCCAUCGGGCUCUGGCCAGUUGAAUGGUGCCACCGGGGAGCCGUUGGCGACUUCUGGUUCCUGGGAGAAGCAAGCGGUCGACCACUACGGGAAUUCCUUUUCAAUGCCGAAGCUUAUGCUGCUGACGGUGGCCGAUCCACCGAGUAUUCCUUGCGAGCUCCAGGUUCAGUACAACGAGCUGCACCGUGUGGAUAGCUGGCUCCGACACGAGGACGGGUUCCUCGACGGCGUCUAUCUCCAGUACGAGCCAGGAAUGUUGACUCCGGAGGGGGCUGCAUGCCUGCGGGAGCUGAGCCAACGAUUCCUGGUUGGGAUCUGGGGAUACGCGGAAAGAGACCCCGACGAUUUCGAGACGUUUGAGGUGCGUGCGAUGCCGACCGUAGGCUAUGGGCCGUUCGCCAGCGCUCUGUUGCGUUGCGUUGCGUUGCCCCCCAUCAACCCCCCCGGCUCUGUGUUGUUUGGUUCUCUUUUCUGCGCCUCUUUCGCUGCGCAAUCGGGGAUUAUUUUUGGCAGAACAACCAAUUGUGUAUACGUUUUUAUAUUUGUAAUCGCAUUUGUACUCAAAAUCCAGCUUUUCUCCAUUUCUGCCCUUUUUUCGUUCUUCGGCCUAUGCCACAUUAUUUGCCCUUCUUUCGUGGUCCCAGUGGCUGGUAAAGGAAGGAAACUGCUCGUUUGUGAAUAGUGAUCUUCCGAAGCAUUUUCGAAAGGAGCUCUUGAUUCAAAAGGAGCGGUUGCCACCGAGGUAUUCGCAUACGAAGUAAGCACAAAAUGAAUCGUUGAUGGAAACAUUCAAGCAAAACGAAAGGAAUAACGCGAUCUCUAGCUCGGGGAGGGAGGCAUUUCAUCUUGCAUUACAUUUUGAGACUCCGUAUACAAGUUUCUGGAAAAAAUACGAUACAUCACAGCAGGAAAGGGAGCAAAACAUACCAGUCACUUGUGAAUUGCCUCAAACCCCAAGCGAAAUAAUCGAGGAAUGACUGUACCUCGAAGUACGAAUUAAGCUGAAGGAAAAAGUAAACUAAAGAAUCUUAAAUCCU